AGUCUAUUUCCAAGUCUCUUAUCGUAAUGUUUGUGUUGUAAUCUUGCGGUUUUAUUUCUUCUGUGUGUAAAAAAAUUUAAUUUCUUUGGUUUAAUAAAAAUUAGAAAAAAGUUAUUUUAAAGAAAAAACAUUUUUUGUUUGCGGAGUGAGUGAGAAGAGACUUUUUUUAUUUAUGUCGCAAAAAUAGAAAACCGUCCGUCCAAAUUAAUAAAAAAGAUUCGUGUGGUAAAAAAAAGUGAGUAGUUUUUUUAGUUGGAGUGAAUUUUGUGGAAACAACGAUUAAAAAAAAAUUAAAAAAUCAUCGGGCGAAAACUUUUGUUUGUUUUUGUCGCCUCUCUCGAUUACUUUUUUUAUUCAUUUGUCACCAAAAAGUGAAAUCAUUUUUGUUUUCUUCAUGUAACAAAGUAAAGCUGUCUGUAAUAAAGAAGAAAGGAUGAAAAAAGCCUGGACAUAAUCGGCCAAUAUAAACCAGAAAUAUUUUGUUAAAAAUAAAUAUUGAAAAAUAUUCAUGCUAAUCAUGUUUAUAAAGUCAACCAAUACCACAUGUAUCUUUUCUAUAUCAAAUGAAAAGUAACAAAAGUAAUAUGGAAUGAUCAAAUACAGAACAAUCAAUAAUCUAUAUAAAAAAGAACAAAUUAAACUAAAUCAAUUUUGAACAUCCCAUCAUUAGAAAAAAUAUAAAAAAUAAAAGAAAAACAAGUAUCUCACACAUCACUCUACAAUUAAGGAUUACAAUAGCAUCGUUAUACAAACAUAUUAUUAAUAUUUUAUAAAACAAAUACAAAAUAUUACAUUUAAGAAUAUUUAAGAUAAGUUUCAGUUAAAGUUUUUUGUGUUUCGUUUGUUUGUGUUAAAUCUAGAAGAAAGAAACAUUUUUUGUUUUGUAUGUUUUAAGAAUCUCAAUUAAUUAUUACUGUAUAUUGUUUAAUAAUUGAUUUUAUCAUUGAAUACGUUUCUUUUGCGUUUGAAUCGCUGCUUAAAUCCACACAUCAUCCACCACUAUCUUCGUCAUAACUUUUGUUGUAAUUCUACCUUUCUUGGAUUUAGUAUUUGUCUAAAAGAAGCAGAUGGCCCAUGUGGUUGGCGUUCCCAAACGCGAUCCUUGCCGAAAAUGUCAAUUACCUGUUUUUUUGGCUGAGCGCUUGAUGGUAGGCAAAAAGGUCUACCAUCGUACAUGUUUAAAAUGUGCUCGCUGUGGUUAUCAAUUGACACCCGGUAGUUUUUACGAAACUGAAAUAGAUGAACAGUACUGCUGCGAAACAUGUCCUGACGAAGAAGUAUUACAAACUAAUACUGAAGCACUGCCUGUUGGCAGUGGAGUUACUACUGCAGUAGAUAGCUCGGAUGUCGAAUUAAGAAAUAAAGCUGAAAGCGAGCAAAAUAUUUCACCUUUUUCAUCAAAAUCUGUGCGCAGUUCCAUAAAAGACCGAUUGGCAUUCUUUGAAAAUCAAAGAGCGGAAGACGAUUCAGACACUAAACUUUUGCAAAAGAGUUUAAGUGACGAAGAAAAAUCAAAAAGUUUACAACGAAUGGAAGAUACUUCGGAAAAUGUUGUGGCAACUUAUAAACCUAAUGUAGCUUUAUCAACUUUUCUCAAUAAUACUGUUGACGAUACAGAAGAUCUUAGUGAAUCGUCUUCGUAUGUACUUAAUACAAAAAUGGAAACCUCUGAUUCGGAGGACGAUACAGAUGAUUUAACAAAUGUCUCUCUACCACCAGAACUUCCUAAAAGCUUGCCACCAUUAGAGGAGUUCAACAUUGGAAAGAAAACUGAAGAACCUAAACGUUUUUCAGUUUCUGCACAAUUGGUAUUGGGAUCGUCACCAACCGCAAUUGGACCUAAUUCAGAAAAUGCUGACGAACAACAAAACAUUGUAACAGAAACAGUUAAGGAAAAUCAAACAACCGAAUUACAAAUUAAUCUUUCAUCUAGCAUAAGAAUUGAUAAGACCAAUAACAACAAUAUAAAUGAAGAAGAAAUUAUAUCGGCUCCGUCGCCCGAAAUCGAGAGCUAUACAGAACACCAAACUGAAGAAGAAAUGGUUCAAUCACAUCCAAACAAACUAGAAAAUAAUUUAGAAUAUAGUGAAAAUAAUGAUAAUGAUUGUACUACCAAAGACAAAUCUGCAGAUGAGUUUACCAUGGAGGAAAUAACAGUCGAAGAUAAAAUACAGAAGGACACAGAAGCUGCGAUUAGUGAGGACAUUGAUUUAGUGUUGCAAUCACUUGAAGUUGAAACUAUGAAAAAUAAUAUCACAAUUGAAGAGAGUGUCGUUGAAUUACGCACAAAAUCCGAAGAGGAAAAUCCAGACAUUUCUCUUCAUAUAGAGGACAAUGAAACAACCGAAAGGCUUAGUGUGGUACGUGCUCGUCUGCAACAAUUUGAAGUAAUUACAAAUAAUGAUACGGGAGUAAUAAUUCCUUUUCAAUCAAAAGACAAUUUAGUUAAUGACGAAUCUAUAUCUAUUAAAGAAGAUAAUGAGCCCCUUAAUAUCGAAUUAAGUGAAGACACAGAAAAAACUCAAAUUAAGAAUAUUCAAAUGGAAACGGAAAAGGAAAGAAUAAAUCUUAAAACAACUUUAAUUAAUAAUAAAGUGCCUUUAACAAUGGAAACAAAAGACAAUGAAAUGAUAAAAAAUAAUUUAGCCGAUAAAGAAGAACAGUUAGAAGAAAAUAACUCUAAGGAUAAUGAAAUAAAUCAGACAACGCCAGUGGAUACUAGCAAAACGACUAUAGAGGAAUAUCCAGAAGACUUAAAUCCAUUUAAAUCAGAUGACGAAGAUGAAACAUUUCUAAAUGAUAAUAAAGAAAACGUCGAACUAAGAACAUCAGCAAAGUCAACGAAGAACGAUAAUUUGAAUCCAUUUGAUUCAUCAGACGAUGAAGUAGAACUAGAAAAAAUGCAAAAUUCAAAAACAUCAACCAAUUCAACGCCCAAAAUACCUCCACCCAGGCCACCACCACCACGCAUAUCCAAAAAUCCAUUCGGCAGUGAAGAUGAAGAGGAUACAGUAAAUCAAAAUUUCAACCGACGUUCCAGUCUGACAGGAUCGCAAAGUAGAAAGACGCCAAUUCCAACUCCACGGUCAAAUAUAUCACAAUCACAGAAUCCUACACCGGAACCAACACCACGGUUGAGCACAAAAACUAAUACGAACAUUAGCUCAUCUGCCUCGGCAACACCAAAUAAUUCAUCCCUUCCAAUAUUACAAAAUUCCAGUGAAUUCUACGGCAGUUCCAAUUCAUUGCACAGCAAUAAUACUACUCCUUAUCAUCUUUUGCGAAAUUCUGACGUAAGAUCAUCAAAUAAUUCUCUCAAUUUGUCGGCCGGUGGAACAAUUAGAUCUCGAAAAUCUCGUAGAGCUCCUUUGCCACCAGCUCCUGUCAAGGAAUUGUUCCCGUCAAAUGAAACCAUUAAUAGCAGUUCAAAAACAUCUACUCCUAGCUCGAGCACCGUUGGUACUCCAAAAUCGGCACGAAAGAAGAGGCCCGCACCGGCUCCUCCAAAACCGGCAAGACUUGAACCAUCACAUGUUCCACAAAUACAUGUUGAUACAGUAAGUACGCAGCCAAAAAACUUGAAUAGUUACCCUCUGCAGAGUGAAUUUGACUCGAAAUUAUCCGACGAAGAGAAAGCUUUGUUGGAGGGUAAGACUUUAGAGUCGCUGCACAGUAAUGAAUCAGAUUUAACAGUAUCACCGUCAAGCAGACGAAGCUCCAAACGAUUGAUACCACUGGACAAAGAACUACUAGAAGAACAUGGUACUCUUCAGUAUGUGGAAGAGAACAUUAGUCAAUGCGAUGAUUUGAAACAGCAAAAUCAAUUAAAAUCCUCCGCUGCGCAGGAGGAAGAACCGAGUGUUGUGUAUCGUCGCCUUUUGAUACCACAGAAUUUAGAAACUCCAACGCAUGAGCACAACCCCCUUAUAGAGGAUCUGAGUAAAUCACCUUCUCUCGGCGAGAGACAAUUGGAGAAGCUUAAAGAUAAUAAAGAGGCCAACAACAGAAAUCGGCAGUCUCAAAUAUCAGUUACCUCAUCUGGUGCUGAUGACAACGAUCCACUAUUCAAUAAAUCAGCACACGGCAAGUGGAAGCGCCGAAAAGGCCCAGCACCAGCCUUACCUAUACCUCCGCGUAAAGUUCUACAAAUGUUACCGCUCCAAGAAAUUAAACAUGAGUUGGAAAUAAUCGAGGUACAGCAACAAGGUCUAGAAAAGCAGGGUGUUAUUUUAGAGAAAAUGAUACGAGAUCGCUGUGAGGGAGAGAAUGGUGAACCAUUAAAUUCCAGCGGAAUGCCUGGCGAAAGCGGAGAUUCUGCAUCUGGUUCAUCGACCGUGGAAAAUUCCAAAGAAGUUGAAAAUUUAAUAUUGCAACUAUUCGAACUGGUAAAUGAGAAAAAUGAAUUGUUUCGCCGUCAGGCCGAGCUCAUGUACUUACGCCGUCAACAUCGGCUGGAGCAAGAACAAGCUGAUUUGGAAUAUGAAAUUCGAAUUUUAAUGGCUCAGCCUGAACGUAAUAAAACUGAUUCUGAUAAAGCUAGAGAAGAAGCUUUAAUAGAACGUUUGGUCGAAGUGGUAAAAUUACGUAACGAAGUGGUGGAAUGCCUGGAAAUGGACCGCCUUCGUGAGGCUGAAGAAGAUCAAAGCAUUAAACAACGUUUAGAGUCGCAUAUAGCAAAGAGAGAAGAUGAUUCAAAUUCCAGAAAAACAUUAACAAAGUUAUCUAAAAAAGAGAAAAAGAAACAGAAGGAAGCAAAAAAACUGGGCAAAAGCAAAAAACUAGAUGCUGACAAAGAUGCUGAUGAAUCCGAAUUAGAUGUGGAUAAACAAAAAACUAAAAAGAAAAAGAAAUUAUUGAUCUUCUAAUUGACUGAAAAAUCAAGUCCUUCUGAGUUUUGCUAAUCAAUGUUCCUGUGUGUGAUAAGACAGGCCAACAUAAAUUUUUAACAAAAAAUAUCAUUUAGCUUUGAUUUUGUCCUAAAACAGUUGUUGGUUUAACUAACAAUAAAGUUGAAGACCGUUCUAUUUAAGUCUAAUUUCCAUUUCGUUAUUUGAAAAUCAAAAUUUCUCGUCAUAAAAUAAAAUUGAAGCAAAGCGAACAUCAAUAGAUAGCAUUUACUUUUUCUUAAGUAUUUUCUAUUAUUUUUUAGCUUUAAUUAAAAAUCUAAUUUAAAUUUAUGUUAAUAAUCUCACAUUAUAUCUAUUAGUUAUUAUUUCUAUUUAAAUAAUAUUUUCAUUUUAUAAUCCCUAUUUUGUGUAUUUUAUAUCUAUUUAUUCAUCAGCAAUCAUAUUUUUAUUUUUCCAAAAUUGGUGUAAUUUUCAAGAAAAAUAUGCAUAUACAUUUUUUAUGUUAUUACAAAAAUAUAAAAAGUUAAAAUCGUU